GAACUUUUUCAAGAAAUAAAUAGUAACAGUAGCUUUCCAUUUUCUAUUAAGGAAGCCUAUUUUAAUUUCUCUACUCCUCAGUCCUCACAAAGACAGAGACACCAAAAAUGUAUAUUCUAUGAUCAACCAAACAAUUCACAAGAUCCUCUCCAUUUGUAUUUUCUAGCCACUGCCCAACUCCAUUCUUGCUUAUAUAAAAUCAAGCUCAUAUACUAUAGUUCAGGAGAAUGAAGAAUGAUGCCUUUUUACCAAACUUCAUGUUCAAGCAAUGGCUCAAAAGCAGAACAAGAAAAGCCAACUUCUUUAGAUUCACAGCCAAGUUUUCAUUCAGUUCCUUCAAUCAAAACACUACCUCAUGAUCUAAGUUUUUCUCUUAAUCUUGAAACUCAUUAUCAAUGCAUUGCUAAUCUUAAGGGACAGAAUUCCUAUACAUCUUCCCUUGUACUUGCUGGGAAAUUCCUUUUUACUGGCUCUUCUGAUAAAGAAAUUUGUAUGUGGGAGCAAAAAGCUUUAACUUCCACAAUAGAUGCUAGUUUAAUCGACACGGUUAUAGCAGGGAAAGGUGCAGUGAAGUCUCUAGUAAUUUUGUCUGAUAAGGUCUUUAGUGCUCAUCAAGAUCAUAAAAUCAGAGUCUGGAGAAUCGAAAACCAUAAUUCAGAUACCCCGAAAGUAGUUCAUUUGGCCACUCUACCAUUACUUAGUGACAGAGCUUUUAAAUUUAUGGUACCAAAAAACCAUGUUCAGAUCAGGCGCCACAAGAAGUCUACAUGGGUGCAUCAUGUUGACACAGUGUCAGCACUAGCCCUUUCGAACGACGAGUCAUUCCUCUACUCUGUUUCAUGGGACAGAACACUUAAAAUCUGGCGAACCAAUGAUUUUAAGUGCCUAGAAUCAAUAGCAAAUGCACAUGAUGACGCGAUCAACGCUCUAGAAAUAUCACAAGACGGGGAUGUUUUUACCGGAUCAGCUGACAAGACUAUCAAGAUUUGGAGAAAGGGGUUUGAAGAGAAAAAACAUUUACUAGUUAGUACACUAGAGAAACACAAAUCUGGUGUAAAUGCACUUGCAGUUGGGAGAAGUAGUACUCAUUCUGUUUUAUAUUCGGGUGGUUGCGAUAGGUCAAUACUAGUUUGGGAGAAGGAUGAAAGUGGUGACAUGGGGCUACUGGAUGCACUCAGGGGUCAUAGAAAGUCCAUAUUAUGUCUGGCUGUAAUUGCAGAUUUGGUGUGCAGUGGUUCAGCAGAUAAAACAGUGAGAGUGUGGAGAGGGGUUGAGAGAUGUUACUCUUGUCUUAGUGUUAUUUCAGGACACAGUGGACCAGUGAAGUGCCUAACUGUGACUAGUGAACAACAAAUUCCAUCAGAUACAGCUUCUUCAUAUGUCCUAUACACUGCUAGUUUAGAUGGUGAGACCAAGGUUUGGAGGAUUUGUGUUCCUUUUCUAUGAAGCUGUUUGAUAUACUCAAUGAUUCAACUCUUUGAUCUUUCUCCUUUGUUCCAAUGAGGUGCAUGAUGCAUAUGCCAGUUAACAUCUGUAUAUUAUAUUUUGCACUAUAGAUUGUUGGUCAAGUGACCAAAAGAAGAAAAUAUCUACAAAAUUUCAACUUUUUUUCUUCUUUAGUUGGAAUGUAUUGUAGGUUUAUUUUAUUGAAAAAGGCUACCAUUAUGAAAUGAUUAUGCUUCUUAAACUGGAAACCACUUUGGUUGAUCUUCUCUAUAAAUUAAG